AUGCCUUACGUGCUUGACUACGGCGUCGAUGGCAACGUCACUGGCGCACAUUUCGUCGAGGAGCUGCCAGAACGCCCGACUCGACCGCAGACACCCUACUUAAAGCUCGACCCACCCACUACUCCGGUGCAUAGUCAAGGAUCACCAACACCGAGCGCCGGAGCCCAGCCAGCACCACUCGACGCCAUGUCGUGGACACCAGGUCAACUACCACCGGACAUUUAUCCCCCGGGACAACCACGCGGGCCAGCACGCUCGAGUCAAGGUCAUCGCAAACAACCCGAUCUCGUCACCUCCGCUCGCUUCGCGCAACACGCCAACAAUGCUGACACCCACCCAGUCCUCCAGCAACGUGGACCAAGUACCUAUCAGUCUGCGCCCAUCCAGCAGCAGUACCCUCAGUAUUACCGUCCUCAACAAGUCCAACAGCAACAGCAACAUCCUCACUACCUUCCAACAGCGAUCCAUCAUCCUCAACCGCAGCGCGCCGCCACCCACAACUUGCAUCAGAUUGACCCUGAUGUGAGACCUCAUUUCGUUCCCCCGAGGCCAGCGCCGAAUCCCACACGAUCUGAUGGACUCGGUCCACCCCCAUCUGACAGGCAGGCGCAACGAGCAGGUCCGGCGUUCAAAACACCCCUUCCGCUUCCACAAAGCUCGCCAACAUAUCCGGCACCACUGCUACACGCAGCUGUUCAAGGCCAGCCGUUGAGAUAUGGACCACCGGUGACUGUACCGAUGGUAGCUCCACAUGUGCCUGCCAUGAAGCCGCCGCCACCAUCUCGCCCACCAAUGACCAUUCCAGCUCCUCCAGGUGGUAUCAAGACUUAUGCCAAGGCUACAGAGUUCGUCAAGCACUUUGCAGCACACUUCGGCCCCGGCAGCGAUGAGUGCACAGCCUUGGAGGACCUCAUUCUCCGCUACAACAGGAUCGACCUCAACGACGAAGAGUUCUACACUGCAGUGUAUCGUAUUCUGUAUCGACACAAGGCUCUGAAUCUUGUGCCAGGCUUUUUGGACUUUCUUCCCCCUUCUUGGGAAGGACAGGAUCUGACGUGGAUCCACAAAGAAGUCCAGCAGGAUGUGGACGAGCAGAACAAAGUCAAGCGGCAAGGUCAACAUCGGUCGCCAAGCUCUACAGAAGCAGAGCUCAUUGAUCAAGAAAUGCAAGACGGCGAGCACGCCGCCAGCGAGGAGGAGGAAGAUGAGGAGAUCAAACAGUUACCAAAGCCAACGAUCAAGCUGCUGGCACCCAAGAAGAAACGCCCGAUCAACGGCUUCUCUACAGGACAUCACGAAGCCAACGAUGGCACUGUCAAUCCAAUUGUCCUCAAGCCUGUGCACCACCCUCCACCUCCGCCGAGAUCGAUCUCUGCUGAGCCUGCGCAAUCUGAUCAUGACAAGUCUAUGCCCGAUCGUGAAGCCGCUGCGGUGGUGAACACUACGGCGAGCGACGCACCUGAGCAGCCUUCGCCAGGCCUCGUCAAGCUCAAGCUCAAAGUCAAAGCCGGCUCAAAGCCACCUCCAGCGAAGAAGAUGCCAGCUAGUAGCCGUCGCAAGACUGCGCCGCGGACCAGGCCACAGCGCGCCGCUAGCGUCUUCGCCACCAAGAAGCGCAAAGCUGCAGAGGCUCUUGACACCCAGGCCAGCAGUCUCAAUGGGGGUAACAACUAUGGCUCUACACCCGCUUCGGAGAUCACACACUUCGGACCAGUCUACGCAACUCGUCGCUCUAUUCUCAAUCGCAGCAGCAGACCGUACAUCCACCUCCCAUGUGGCUCCCGGUUUGCCCAUCCUGGCGAUGUCAAAGCUCAUGCACGCAAGGGCAAUGGAGGCAGAGGCUGUGGCAAGCUUGGCAACUGGAACGAGCACCCAUCAUGCCAAGCCGACUACAUUCAGAUCCACUACGCCCAUGCUCAGGAUGGUUAUGUCAUUCUUGACCAAGAAAGCCACGAUAGGCUUGAGUCUGCCAUUCAGUCUGGCCUCAAGUACGCCGAGGAACAUCCGGUCCCGGACACCACUACCAUCGAUCACACCAGCAACAAGGGCAAGAAGGUCACCAAGAGGAAGACAGUGACCAAGAAGAAGACAACUCUAAAGUCAAGCAUUCCGCCAGCGGAGGGCGCCGAGGAGCCAAACAAGUACGAAUUCGACUUUGACACCGAAGGCGAUGCCGACGCUGAAGGCGAAGAUGUCUCAGCUGAGGACGGGGAUGUGUCGAUGAUGUCGGCACCACGUCCCGCCACGGCUGCCAUGUCUCAUACGACUGACGCUGUACAGGCUCCUGUCGUUCAGGUAAGCAAUCCAGGGCGCGUCAAUGAGAAGAGCGAUGGCGAGAACGUGGCACAGCCGCCAGAGCCAGAGUGGGAAUGGGACGGGACCGCUCUGCGCGCUGCUGCUCUCGGCUUACGCAAGCCUUCUCGUCCAUGA